AUGACCGCCUACUUUGCACCGUCCAACGAAGCCAAGUUCGCAGGCAGGACCAAGACGACGCUGCCAGUGGUGCUCCACCGCGACCUCCAAUGCGUCAGUCGGUCACUGCUCACCACCGAAGAACUCGACGUCAUCCGCACCACGGCCCAAGAUCGAGGCGUGUGGAAGUGCCUAACCGAUAAGAUCACGACGACGUGCCUCGACCGCCGAUUGCCCCCCACGACUGUUGACACGGAUAUGAAUGUAGACGAUGUAGGCCACCGCCACACCAAGAACCCGCGCCGCCGCUUGCAAGCGCGGAUCGACGCCCUCACCGAAGAAUUUGCUGCUAUGCGUCUGUAA